AUGUGCCGGCGCUCCCGCAGCUCGGGAGCGGAGUCGCGGCCAGGCCGGGGGCUGCGGCCGGAGGGGCAGGGGCCAGGAGCUGGUGACCGAGCCACAGCCAAGAACAGAGCCAUGGCUGCAGCUACGGUCGGCAGCUCGGGCCGAGGCCCCAGCCGAGCUGACACCACCUGCCAAGCCAGUAAUUAUUAUGACUUCUGUGGCCCUGCCUGCCCUGCCUCUUGUGCCAACCUUAGUGCACCCCUGCUCUGCACCAAGCCCUGCGUGGCGGGAUGCUUCUGUAGGGAAGGGUAUGUUCUGGACGCUGGACGCUGUGUGCCUGUGAGCCAGUGCGGCUGCACGUUGAAUGGUCAGUAUCACCAGCUGGGAGAGGAGGUGAUCCUGACAGACACCUGCAGCAGGAAAUGCAGCUGCCGGCAGCCUGCCCAGCCCAUGCAGUGCCAGGAUCAUGCCUGUGGGGCUCUGGAGAUAUGUAAAGUUGUGGAUGGCGUCCGAGGCUGUUACCCUGUGAAGUUUGGCACCUUAUGGGUGUUCGGCCACCCACACUACACCACGUUUGACGGAGUCAUGUUUGAUUAUCAAGGAGCCUGCAAGUACACCCUGAGCAAGUACUGUGGCCCCCCGGGGAGCCUCCCCGACUUCACCAUCAAAGUGGUGAACGAGCCGAAAAGCUCCAUUGCAGUGUCCUGGGCGCGCCUGGUGGAGCUCAACGUCUACGGGGAGCGUAUUGCUAUAGCUGGGGGACAGUACGGCCAGGUGCAGGUGAACGGAUCCCUGGUCAAUCUGCCUCUGGUCCUUGCAUCAGGCAAACUCUACGCCUAUUUCAGCGGCUCGUCUGCUGUGCUCCAGACGGAUUUUGGCCUCUCUGUGUCCUACGACUGGUCCCACUCUGUGUCGGUUUCUGUUUCUGAGAUCUACUUUGGGUCACUGUGUGGACUCGGUGGGGAUUUCAAUGGGAACCAGAGCGAUGAUUUCCGGACCCCAAACGGUUCUGUGGUUCCUGAUGCCGUCACCUUUGGCAACAGCUGGAAGGAUGCUGACUCCCCUUUUCACUGCACGGCUGUUGGGCUCCCAGCCCAAUGUAAUGAAGUGGAACUAGCCCAGUACAGAUCUCAGCGCUACUGUGGGGUCAUCACAGAUACUACUGGGCCUUUUAAAGAGUGUAACCAGCCGGUUGAUGCUCAGGUCCUCCUGGAGAGCUGCGUGAGGGAUGUGUGUGUGACUCGGAGCAGCCGUGAGACCCUGUGUCAAGUGCUUCGCAGUUAUGCCCAGCGGUGCCAAAGUCGUGGCAUUGCCAUUGAGCCAUGGAGACAGCAGGCUGGGUGCGAGCUAACCUGCCCCGCCAACAGCCACUAUGAGCUCUGUGGACCUUCCUGCCCGGCCUCUUGUGCCCACCCAGCUGUGCCCUCCCGCUGCCGGACUGCGUGUGAAGAAGGGUGCCAGUGUGACCCUGGCUUUGUGCUGAGUGGCACUGACUGUGUGCCUCGGGAGCAGUGCGGCUGCACCCACAAUGGCAGAUACCACCUGGCAGGGGAAAGCUUCUGGGAAGGAGAAAAUUGCCAGAGAUUGUGCAGAUGUGAUGGCUCCUCCCACGCUGUCCAGUGCUCCCGCUCUGCCUGUGCACUGGGGGAAUUCUGUGGCACUCGAAAGGGGGUUUAUGGAUGCCACGAACGAACCAACGGCAUCUGCUGGGCUUCUGGGCUGCCCCAUUACACUACGUUUGAUGGGAAGCGAUACGAUUUCCAGGGCACCUGCAGAUAUGUCUUUGCUGAAGUGUGUGGGGCAUCCCAGUCCUUACCCUUCUUCAGAGUGGAAGUGAAGAACGGAAACCUGCCCCAUGCUCCUGUGGCUGUGACCUCGGAGGUGUUUGUCCUUGUGAACAGGACUGAGAUCCAUCUGCAGAGAGGGCAGCACGGGACAGUCAAGAUCGCUGGAGUGACUGUGACCCUCCCGGUGAAUGUUAAAACACUAGGAGUUGCCAUUUAUCAGCAUGGGCUGUACACGGUGCUGCAGACUCCCUUUGGGCUCAGGGUGAGCUACGACCUGGCCCACAGCCUCUUCGUCGGCCUCCCCCCCGAGUACCGAGGCCAGACCUGUGGGCUGUGCGGGAACUUCAAUGGGGCUGCUGAGGAUGAUUUUGUGACGCGUAACGGCUCCCUAGGGAAGGAUGCCUUCCACUUCGCUGCAGACUGGAAGUCGGAGGAUGUCCCUGGCUGUGACGACGGCUGCUCUGAUUCCUGCCCUGGGUGUGAAGAGGAGGAAAGUCUGGUGCAGUCCAAGUCCCGGUGCUGGGUGAUCCAGGACCCUGAUGGGCCGUUCUCCGCUUGCCACUCCCAGAUUGACCCAGGCCACUAUCUGUCUGAUUGCAUCUUUGACCUGUGUGUGUCAGGAGGGGAGAGCAGUGCCCUGUGCGAGUCCAUUCAGACAUACGCAGCCGCCUGCCAGAGAGCGAAUGUCUCCAUCUCACCUUGGAGGAGCGAGUCUUUCUGUGCCCCAGGAUGCCCAGCAAACAGUCACUACGAGCUCUGCGAGCCCCCCUGCCGGGACUCCUGUGCACGCCGCUUGAUCCAGGCUCACUGCAGCCGUCUGUGUGCCGAAGGCUGUUUCUGCAACGACGGGUACCUGCGCAGCGGGGCCAGCUGCGUUCCAGAGAAGCAGUGCGGCUGCGUGCACAACGGGCUGCACUACCCGGUUGGGGACCGGGUCUGGCUCUCUGGUUGCCAGGAAAGGUGCAGCUGUGACGGCCAUUUCCAUUUUCAUUGCGUCCCCGCCAGCUGUCACCCCGGCCAGCAGUGUGCUGUGAAGGACGGGAAGUUGGGCUGCCAAAGCCAGCUGACCACCUGCACGGUGACAGGGGACCCUCACUACUUCACCUUCGAUGGGGCUGUGGCCCAUUUCCAGGGCACGUGCGCCUACGAGAUCUCACACACCUGCAACUCCUCCCUCGACUUCUCCUUCCGGGUGGUGGCCGCAAACAGGCACCGCAGGAAUCGCCGGGUCUCUUUCGUGUCUCGGGUGGACGUCUGGCUCGAGAGAGGGGAGCAGAAUGCGCACGUUGUCCUAGGGGACAGCAAGGUUGCUGAGGUUAACGGGGCGAGGGUGAGCCUGCCGCACGCCCUGGGCCCUCUGGGCAGCGUGUCCAGGAUCAGAAACCUGCUGACCAUCCAGACCCCAGCCAACGUGGAGAUCCAGUUCAACGGGCGCCACACGUUGUUCGUCCGCGUGGGGCCGGAGUAUCGGGGGCGGCUGUGCGGGAUGUGCGGGAACUUCAAUGGCAUUCGCAGGGACGAUAAAGUCCUGCCCAGCGGGGAGAGAGCCCGGAGUGACGCAGAGUUUGGGAACGCCUGGAAGGCUGAGCCCAGCCCGGCCAGGUGUUCGGAUGACACCGACUCCCCGGAGCCCUGCAGCGACCCCCUGGAGUUUGAAGAGCUCUGCGGGACCCUGACUAGCCAAUCGGGACCGUUUGCCGAGUGCCACUGGCAUGUGGACCCUGCCCCAUAUUACUCCUCCUGCCUGUACGACAUGUGCCACUACGGGACGGCCAAUGGGAUGCUGUGCAUGGCCAUCGCCUCCUACGAAGAGCUGUGCAGCCUUCAGGGGAUACGCGUUGGCGCCUGGAGAUCGUCUGUGCAGUGCCGUGAGCACCAGUUCCACCUGCAGGCACGGAAAUCUAUCCGUGCUUUCCACGGCAAACGGCCUCUGCUGGGCUAUGUCUGCCGCGAAUGCCUUGGCUCCGGGAACGGGGGGCAGCAGAUUUCCCAAGACUAUCAGCUGACCUGCAGUGGCGGUAACAGCUCAGUGUCCCUGUCCCGCUGCCUGCUCUUCACCGACGGCUUCCCCGCAGAGGCCUUGCACCUGGCCGACCCCAGCUGCACCGGCAGCCUCCUCAGGGGGAGACUCGUCUUCUACUUCGACAGCACACGACAGAGCUGCGGGACCACGGUGAAGGUCAACGCCACCCACGCCACUUACUCCAACCAGGUGCAGGGCCGGGUGGGCAACACCUAUGGAGGGGUCAUCAGCCGGGACAGGCUCCUCUUCUUGCACUUCUCCUGCGCCCAGCCACUGAGCAUCAACCUGUCCAUCCCAAUGGCCAUCCAGUCCAUACAGGAUGUCGUUAACACAACCCUCCCCUCCGGCCAAGGGAGCUACCUGACCACCAUGGUCCUGUACCAAGACCCUCAAUACAGCAAACUCUUCACCCAGAGCCCCAUCCCACUCACUGUCAACCACAGGGUCUACGUGGGCAUCAGGGUUUCGGGGUUGGACCCCAGCCACUUCGUGCUGACCUUGUCAUCAUGCUGGGCGACUCCGGACCGAGACCCCUCCUCCAGCAUCCGAUGGGAUCUCAUCACCAACCAGUGCCCCAGCCUGCGAGAUGGCACAGUGACAAUCGAGGAGGACGGCGUCUCCUCCAUCAGCCGCUUCUCCUUCAAUGUCUUCCUGUUCAUCCCAGACUUGGAGCUGGUGUAUCUGCAUUGCCGCGUCCGGCUCUGCAGCCCCCAGGUGGCCACGUGCACCAUGCACUGCGCCAGGCCGGGCCCUGCUGUGUGGGGCAGGAAGCCUCCGUCAGGGGUCGUGUCCGCUGGCCCUUUCCUGAAGUACGACGAAGCUGCCGACCAAGGUGAUUUGCAGCUGGCGCUGGCUCUGGUGCUGCUGGAUGCCAUCUGGGUGGGACGCUCAGGGGACCCGCCACCCAGUUUCAGUUCCAGGAUGCAGCCAGUCACCACCGGCCUCCUGCUGCUCUUGGCAGAUCCAGCAAGCCCCUUCUAUUACGACUGGCACCGCCUGCGGCUCGGAGGGCUGAUCGCCGCCGGCAUUCUCUGUGCCCUGGGGAUCAUUGUGCUACUCACCGGCGGCCGAAUGAGCCCCCUUCACCUCGUCACCCCCGGGCACUGCCAGUAA